AUGACAUCCAACAAACCCAACUCCAUCUCAGAUCAGCUGUCAUUAGACGGACAGGCGAUCAGCCCGACUCCGCCCGUAUUCUUACGGAAGCUACGUCAGGCCGCCGUGGCAACCGGGUGCGACGUCCGCCUGAGAGUGUCCGUGGGGGGUUUCCCGAGGCCGACCCUUUACUGGUACUGCAACGACAUCCCAGUAGACAGUGAUGACCAGGACUAUGGUGGUCUGUGGAUCCGGGACUGCCGGCCCAGCGAUGGAGGACUUUACACCUGUGUGGCCGUCAAUGACCUGGGAGAAACCAGAAGCAGCGCUGUCCUUGCUGUGUUGGAACUGGGAGAAGACUCAGAGUCCACAGAGGAUGAGACUGCAGAAGCUCAGGUCUCCAUGGAAACGAAGGAGCGGUCCAGGUGUCAGGGCCUGGCAGCCAAUAGCAAGCAUUCAGGUGACGGUACCAAGACGUUGUCCAGCGUCCCGGACAUGUGCGAUGGUCUGGUGGUAGAGCGGGAGAUGCUGGCUUUGGGCUCCAGAGCCCCGGGCUUUCAGGAUCCCUCCCAUCCUGGCAGGCAAGGUUUCGCUGAGGCUACGUCACAAUUGGACAAUGCCACAAGGGGAGGAGUUUCCCCACUUGUCCAAUCAACAACCACCAAAAAUGCCCAGAGCUCCGCCCUCAGUUCCCCCAUGCACAAUCUCUCUGGUUCAGACUCAACUACAGUUCAAAACGGCAACAAAAAUAUUGGAGUUAAAGGGGACGUCGCAAUGAAAAACAAAUCUUCUAAAUCUUCAGCGUCAUCCCAGAGUAGCGAUUCUCAAGACUCGUCCGCUCUCCAGACCCCCAAAAUCUCUCGUAAGGGCUCAAAGAUCUUUGAUAAGGUCAGGGCCUUUGAGGAGAGAAGGCACAGCGUUGACCUUCCCAAGGCAACAAAGUCUGGACGCUCCUGGGCAGGUUUUAGUGGAGCAGGAUCCUUUGACUCUGAUGAUGGGGGAAGACAGGUGGGGAGCCUCAAAGACACUCCUAAGAGUGACGUGGCCCAAAAGAGGUCCAUUUUUAAGCAGAGGGCAUCAUCGUUGGAGGACCGACCCACCUAUGCACAGAAGGUCCAAAAUUUUCAGAGCAAGUUCUCAGAGGAACUUCAGCGGAUCAAGAGGCUUGUUGGGAAAACCAGUAUCAAAAAAGCGUUUUCGACCGAGCAGCUCUCCCAGACUGGAAAGGAGUCCAUAAUAACUAAAGUGGAGCCAAUCGAAGAUCGGGUCAUCCAGAAGCUGAAAGAAAGGGGAUCAGUCCCUGAGAAGACGGUUAAUGAUCCAGAAGUAGCAAUGUCCCAAGAUGCAAAAAACAACCUGCCACUAGCAAAAAUUUCACAGGAAUACAAAAAACCUCAAAGGCAGAUGAAACCACAAGACUCAUCUGCUCAGGACCAGGGUCUGUUAGUCUCUCAAGACAAUGUGAGCCAAAGAAAGAAAGAUAUAAACCCAGUAUCUAGGAGGGUGACGGAGGACACUGCUAGCCCUGAUAUGGUAUCUGUGAACAAGCUUGCAGGGAGAGAAUCACCAAGGCUGCCCAGAAAAAGCACAACUAGCAAAGCCCCAACAUCUCACUUUUCUCAGUCAUCCAAGGAGCAACCUCCAUAUCCAGAACCUCAUCAGCCAGCACCCAAGAAAAACCGCAGGUCACCCAGCCCUGUUGGUCAGACACCACCACCAUCUGCUCUUCAGGAGCAAUCAGUCAUAUCACCUCCAAAACCACCACGGCUCGGAGGCUUAGCCUCCACCUUCCCCAGGUCUGUGAUGGGAAGAGAGGAGAAAAGACCAGUAUCUCCUGGCCUCAAACUGACCAUCCCCACCAUUGUUGUCGAAGAUGAGCCCAUGGAUGAAGACGAGGAUGUUACAGGGCGUAAUCAAGCUAAAACAGAGACGACUGAAGGGAAGACAAAACCUAAAAGGACAAGAGAGAGAAGUCGCCGCGGUCGCCCGACAUCUCCAGAGCAAGCAGAUUCCUCCGACGACUCGUACAUGUCCGCGGAGGAAAGCCCAGCCGAGGCCCCUGCGUUCGAACUCCCUCUUAAGGAUGUGGUGGCAGCUGAGGGUUCAGAGGUGCUGCUUAAGUGCGUCAUCGUGGGGAACCCUGUCCCAGAAGUGACAUGGAGAAAAGGUACAGAGGAGAUAAAGGACAGUCAGAGCCACACGCUGAAAGUCGAGGGCGACAGGCACUCCCUGAGGAUCCGUCAGAUGAAACCAGACGACUCGGGGGAGUACGCUGUCACCGCUGUCAACAGAAUGGGACAGGUUUCCUGCAAAGCUACCCUCUUUAUACAGUCAGAGCCAGUCCAAGUGCAGCGUGGGAAUCUGAGUUUGCCGUUGAAGGUGAGCUGUAGUUCCACCCCGUCAGAUGAGGAGUUCCUGAGCCCUAUAGAUGAGGGGAUGGAGUUUGCGACGCCCACCCUGCCUGGACCUGAGCCCCCCGGGACUGCAGGGCCGCCCACGUUUCAGGUUGCCCUCGGAGACCAGACAGUGAUAGAAGGCCAAGAGGUCGGGAUGUCAGUCCAGGUCUGCGGUCAGCCCCAACCAACAGUCCACUGGUUGAGAGAUGGGAUGAGGAUUCAGACAGAUGACAAAUGUGGUAUACACGAGACGGAUUACGGCAAAUGGAACCUGAAAAUCAAAUGCGCCCAGAGGAAUGACGCUGGUGUUUACACAUGCAAAAUCGUUAACAAACACGGAACAGCGCAGACCGCAUGCAGACUAGAAGUAAAAGCUCUGCCCACUCAGGCGCCAUUGGCCGUCACCAGGCCAGUGCAGGAUGUGUCGGUUCGAGCAGGUGAGACAGCCCUGUUUGAAUGUCACGUGACCGGACCACCUGAGGUGGAAGUUGAUUGGCUGGCCAAUGGGAAGCUGACCUUGCCAGCUCUGCUGGACUGCAAGAUGCACUUUGAUGGGAAAAGAUGCUGUCUGCUGCUCAGAUCUGUUCACGAGGACGACAGCGGCAAUUACACAUGCAAACUCAGCACUGCGACAGAGGAACUGGUCACCAGUGCUCAGCUCAGAGUCAUCCCAUCACAGGGACCUCUCUUCACCCAUGACCUGGAGACGCUGGAGGUCGUGGAGGGCAGGACGGCACGUUUCGACUGCAAGGUCAGCGGCUCGCCUCCUCCAGACGUCACGUGGAGGCACUGUGAGCAACAGGUGGUCGAGACUGAGAAUGUCCGCAUUGUGAAAGAGGGCGGACGUCACUCUCUCAUCAUCACGCACGUCACUCAAGAAAGCAAAGGCUCCUACACAGCCACUGCCCGCAACGUUCACGGACAGGCAGAGAGCUCCGCCCAGCUCUGUGUCCAGGAACCACGCCCAUCUGUGUCAUCACACAUGGCAAAGCUGGAGAAGAUGCCCUCCAUCCCUGAGGAGCCAGAGGUGCUGGAGAAUGAGGUGGAGCGAAGGACCAUGCCAGACUUUGUGAAACCUCUGAGUGACCUGGAAGUGAUAGAGGGGAAGGAAGCGGUGCUCAAAUGUAAGGUUUCUGGAAUGCCGUACCCCACCAUCGCCUGGUACCACAACGGGAAGAAGAUUGACAGCUCGGACGACGGGAAGAUGACACAGUACAGGGAUGUCCACAGCCUGGUCAUUCGGUCAGUGUGUCAUGGUCACAGCGGCGUCUAUAAGACGGUUAUUUCCAAUAAAGUAGGCAAGGCUGCCUGCUACGCUCACCUGUAUGUUACAGAUGUCCAUCCGGAGCCUCCAGAUGGGCCUCCAGUGAUAGAGUCUAUAACUGGGAGAACCAUCACCUUAAGCUGGAAAAAACCCAAGAACCUUGAUCCUUCCAUAGAUCCCGGUUCCCUUGUGUAUACUGUCCAGCAGCAAGCCUUGGGCUCUAUCCAGUGGACUACCAUAGCUUCCAAUCUGAGGGAGACCUCUUACACGGUCACCGCGCUCUCUAAGAGUGUUCGCUAUGCCUUCAGGGUCCUAAGCAGCACCGGGAAAACCUUCAGCAAGCCGUCUCAACCAACCGAUCUGGUCCAGCUUAUUGACAGAGGUCAGUAUUUACGGAAAGCCCCGGUCAUCCUUGACAAGCCCGAUGUUGUGUAUGUGGUGGAGAAUCAGCCAGUGAACAUCACAAUCACACUCAAUCACGUUCAGGCAACAGUUACCUGGAAAAAGAGAGGAGUGAUGCUCACCCAUAAACCGGGAACAGUCGAACUGAGCAUGCCCGAUGAUGACCAACACUCUCUGAGAAUCGUCAGGGUGAAAAGCAGCGACAUUGGUCAGCUCAUCUGCAUGGCAACCAAUCAGUACGGCAGUGACCUCUGCACCCUGCAGCUAGCGAUGGCAGCACCACCAAUGUUUGAGACGAUAAUGGAGGACCUGGAUGUGUGUGUGGGUGAAACGACGCGGUUUGCUGUUGUCGUUGAUGGCAAACCCGACCCUGACAUCUUGUGGUAUAAAGACAACAUCCAGCUUUCUGAGAGCAACCAUUUCACUUUUGUGUACGAUGAGAGAGAGUGCUCUCUAGUCGUACUUAAUGCUAGGCAGGAAGAUUCAGGAGUCUACACCUGCACUGCUAAGAAUCUAGCCGGGUCAACAUCCUGCAAAGCAGAACUUACUGUCCUCACAGCCAAACAUGAGGUGGAAGAGGAGAUCGAGGAUGAGGAGACUAUACUGAGGAAGAUGCGCAGGCUCACCGAUUAUUAUGACUUACACAAGGAAAUUGGCCGGGGGACCUCUUCUUAUGUCAAACGAGUGACGUUAAAAGCAGGGAAGGUGGAAUACGCUGCCAAGUUCAUCUCUACAAGGGGCAAACGGAAAACCGCCGCCCUGAGAGAAAUGAGCAUACUGUCUGAGCUGGACCAUGACCGGAUCCUGUAUUUCCACGAUGCCUUUGAGAGGAAGAACUUUUUAGUCAUCAUUACUGAACUAUGCCAUGAGGAGCUCAUGGAAAGACUAACAAAGAAAACCACCAUUUUAGAAUCAGAGAUCCGGUCUACAAUUAGACAGCUUCUGGAGGGAAUCUGCUACCUUCAUCAAAAUGACAUUGUUCAUCUAGACAUCAAGCCUGAAAACAUUCUGAUGGCAGACAGAAGAAGUGAUCAGAUUCGGAUCUGUGACUUUGGCAAUGCCUUGAAGCUCACGCAGAACGAGGACCAGUACUGCAGAUAUGGCACUCCCGAAUUCAUCGCUCCUGAAAUCGUCAAUCAAACACCUGUCUCCAAGGCAACAGAUAUUUGGCCAGUUGGAGUCAUAACAUACUUGUGUCUUACUGGAGUUUCUCCAUUUGCUGGGGAGAAUGACAGAGGCACUUUGCUCAACAUCAGAAACUAUAACGUGGCCUUUGAGGAGAGUAUGUUUGCAGACCUGUGCAGAGAAGCCAAAGGUUUUGUUAUUAAACUCCUUGUGGCAGAUAGACUGAGGCCCAAUGUCACAGAAUGUUUGCGUCAUCCCUGGUUCAAGACUUUGACUAAAGGAAAGAGUAUCAGCACAUCAAUGCACAAACAGGUUCUGGCCAGGAGGAAAUGGCAGCGUUCACUCAUCAGCUAUAAAUCAAAAAUGGUGAUGAGGUCCAUCCCUGAGCUGCUGGAUGACUCAUCCAGCCAUGUAUCCCUUGCUGUGCCCAGAAACCUCAAAGAGGGGUCGCCGCCGCCAUCAUCUUCCUCUGACUCAGACGAGGACAUUGAUGAGUUACCCUUCAUCCCUAUGCCUCUUACUAUGGUAUUCUCGGGCUCUCGGAUGUCCCUCACGGAAAUACAUGACGAUGACGAUGUUGUUGUAGAGCCCAAACUCAAUUAUCAGACAGGUGUCCGGCACAGGGAGGACACUACAAUAACUGACCCGUCAAGCAGAAUUAUUGAUGAAGAGCCCACAGAACAGGAUCAGGAUAAACAGAUACCUUUAAAGAAGGGCUCAAGCAUGGAUGCGGAACAGCCAACUGCUAAGUCCAAAAGGGCACUGAUGCGCAGGGGAAGCUCUGCAGACAGUGCUCUGCUACUCCACAUUACACCUGAAGAGGGAGCUGUUGAGGAGGCUCCAGAGGAUGACCAAAAGAAUCUUAAGAAGGCUUUGUCUAUGGAGUUGCCUUGUAAGAACACUAGUCCAAACCUGAGCAAACUGAGUAAGGAAGACUAUGCUCUAAAACUGGAGCUCAUGAGACAGAGACUACUCAGGGGAGGGUCUGUGGACAAGAAGAUGAGUGGUCUUCGUGGUCCAUUACUGGAAACGCUUGGUGUUGAUAACGAGAGACGCACUUCAUCUCUGGACCGCAACUUGCGCAGGGCAAGAAUGGGUGCUUCUGGGGCAGUUUCCACUGAGAGCCCGGGUGAAGGCUCCCCAAAGAACAAGGCAUCCCGUAAAAGUGUCUCCUUCAGUCAGGGCGACCCUGAACCUAUGCCUUUGCACCGGCGAUCUGGAGCCCCGCUUGAAAUUCCAUCCACCAAGAAUGGGGAUCUGAAAUCGCAGGAGGCAACAGCCGCGCUGACUGUCACAGAGAAGACCAAGUUGGAAUCCCAGCCUGCCUCUCCAAGGGAAAUAUCCUCCAAACGAACAGCUUCAGACCUAGAGCUGAAGCAUCCUCAGAGGGAAGGACAGAGAACUUCUGUGCAAUUGAAUAUGGACCAGGGUGAGCAUUACCCUCCAAAGACCCAUACGAUUCCAUCAGAGGACAAUGAGAAAAGCAAGAGGACUGAAGAUCCUGGAUCUGCCGCAAAGUCCCUGGAUGAUAGCACUGAACAAAUAAUCAUUUCUAAGACCUCGCAGCUAAACAGCAAGGAUGUUUCCCCAGUUACCCCAAAACCAACCUCGAUCUUAAAAAUCUCACAGCCAGAAGCUCCUUUAUCAACCGAACACCCUGCUGUUUUUGCAAAAGUGGCAUCACCUGCCUCACCCACGAAACCUACAAACCUGACUCCGGCUCACCAGCCAGUCCUUAGGACAGAUAUUAAGGACAUUGAUUCAGAAGCAGUUUUUGAGGCAAGGUUCAAGAAGCGAGAAUCCUCUUUGACCCGUGGCCUGAAGCGCCUGACAAGAGCCAGAUCUGAAGAAAAAUCAGUAAUUUUACCCCAAAAUUCAGGUGAACAAGUUUAUCGACCUGGACCCACUGGUGCACCUCUGGAGUUUGUGUCUAGGGGACUACAGGAAAAGUCCAAGUCUGUCCAAGACCUCAGAGAUGUGGAAAAGGACCCUGGCCUUGGCCUGAUUGGCAGGCUCUCAAUGCGUGCAAAAAAACCCCAGUUUAUAGACAAGAAGGACGAAAAGCAGAAGGAAGAGACCAUCGAUAGUUCUGCUGGCAAAAAAAGAGUCUCCUGGGCUCUAGGUCGCAGCAAGUCUUUAGACAAAAAAGUUGAGAUGAAUAGCAUUGAUCGUGAAAAGGAAACAGAGGGGGUUAAGGAAAGCAAGAAGGUCUCUGAUUCACCAGUCUUAGCAAUGAAACUGAAGUUUGAGUCUAAGGUUGCAGGCAUAUCUGAGAGAAUACGCAGUCGAUCAGACGAGAGAAAAGAGAGUAAGGAACCGAAGUCCACUGUGAAAACAGACAUAUCAAAUGAUGAGGAAAAAACAGAGACUAAGAAGGUCAGUGAAUCCCCUGUUCUGGCAAUGCGUAAAAGGUUUGAAUCAAAAGUAUCCAGUUUUGCCUUGCGGGGCCGGAGCCAGUCAGCGGACAGAGAGGGAGAAAAAGAAGCCAAAUCAGAAAGCAAGAAAGCUCCGUUGACGGCUCGCCUUCGUCAUUCUCUUUCUGAGGGGAGCAGCCUGAAAAAAAUGGACAUUCCCGAGAACCAAUUAGCAUCGCAGUUUUGUGCUGCAGAGUCCAAGGACUCACUGGAUUCUACAUCCAGCAGUCAGUCUCUAAAGCCUCGAACUCCAGAGAGCGAACGCAGGUCACGGUGGGACAGAUGGGGGUUGUCCAGAAAUAAGAAGGACAAAUCAUCAUCCCAGUCUAGUGUUUCCUCAAUAAGUAUCAGAGAGGAUGGCAGCCAAGCUGGAAACCAGUAUAUCCGAUCUGCUUCUGAUUUCCCUCCAGUUUUCCAUAUCAAGCUAAAGGACCACAUUCUACUGGAAGGUGAUCCAGUCACUCUUAGUUGCCUCCCAGCUGGAAGUCCUAACCCAAAGGUUGUGUGGAUGAAAGACAAAAAACCCUUGGAGGUUGAUGACAGGAUGAACCUGAUGGCCAGUCCAGAUGGAAGGCAGCUGCUUAUGAUAAUGAACACAACGAAGAAAGAUGCCGGACUGUAUGAAUGUGUGGCUACCAAUCCUCUGGCCUCGGCAACUAGCUCCUGCACCAUCUCAUUGGCCUGCAUUCCAAAACGUCCAGGAACACCAGAGAUCCCACAGACGUACAAUAACACAGCUCUGGUCACUUGGAAACCAGCAGACACUAAAGCCCCCUGCACCUACACUCUGGAGAGGAAAACAGAAGGUGAUGCGAACUGGCUAAUUGUAGCUACAGGUGUGACUGACUGUUACUACAAUGCCACAAACCUUCCUUCAGGGUCUGUUCUACGGUUCAGGGUGGCAUGUGUCAACAAGGCAGGUCAAGGACCGUACAGCAGCUUAUCAGGGAGAGUCGGCAUCAAUACUCCAGUGACAGUGUUACCUAAACCUGGGGUUGUGAGGACCCUGCCCUUGGCCUCUUCUUCUCCAGUAGCCUCCACCAUGCCUGUCUCCAUUGUUUCCCCUUCCUCCCAAUCACCUGGUCAGGCACUACCUUCCCCUCCAGCCCCACUCUCUAAGACAACGGCCACACCAAACUCAGCAACUGCUGUUUCUCCACCUACUUCACCUACCUCAACCACCCAGACUCCGUUGCCCCUCUCCCCAACUCAAACAGCAUCACCUCCAGGAGACACCAAGGCACCAGCGGAUGAAGGCCCGGGCACGCUUCCAAAAGUCAAGUCCGUUCCUCCGCUUGUACUACCUAAACCAAAGAGCCCUAUCAACGUGGUUCCUCCAAUAACCCAGACGCAACCAGUAUCCCCAGUACCAGUCCUGGUAUCUUCUCCAACCAGCAAACCCCAGAUGUUCUCCACUCCAACUUACACUCCUGCCACUACAGCUCGUGUGGCACCCACACCUAUCUCUCCGUCAGUGGUUAUGGUGAGUAGCAUGAGUCCCAUUGGGGAAGCAGCAAGUUCACCCACGCCAGAGACUCCAACAGGACGCGUUGCCCCAUCAGCUAAAUCCACAGAGACAGCAUUGAGGCAAGGGGUACCGCAGAAGCCGUACACCUUCUUGGAUGAGAAAGCCAGAGGUCGAUUUGGUGUGGUAAGAGACUGUCGUGAGAAUGCCACAGGUAAGAUGUUCAUGGCGAAGAUUGUACCUUACGAGCAGGAGACCAAGCAGGUGGUGGUACAGGAGUAUGAGAUUCUGAAAUCUCUCCGUAAUGAGCGUAUCAUGGCAUUGCAUGAGGCCUACGUCACCCCCCGCUACCUGGUACUCAUAACAGAGUGCUGCACAGGCAAAGAGAUCCUCUACAGCCUCAUUGAUAGGUUCCGUUACUCUGAGGAUGAUGUUGUGGGUUAUAUAGUCCAGAUCCUACAGGGUUUAGAGUACAUCCACAACCAGCAGAUCCUUCAUCUGGACAUCAAGCCUGACAACAUCAUGGUUACCCACCUCAAUGUUGUUAAAAUCAUCGACUUUGGUAGUGCUCAGAGCUUCAACCCACUUUAUCUUAGACACUACAGUAAGGACCUGGGGACUCUAGAAUAUAUGGCUCCAGAGCUGUUGAAAGGAGAAGUGGUUGGACCUCCAGCAGACAUCUGGAGUUUGGGCGUUGUCACAUACGUCAUGCUUAGCGGCAGACUUCCGUUCCUAGACAAAGACCCUCAUCAGACUGAGACCAAAAUUAAAGUGGCCAAGUUUGAUUCAGCCAAGCUGUACCCCAAUGUGUCUCAAAGUGCCUCGACUUUCCUCAAGAAGAUACUCAACAGCUAUCCCUGGUCAAGGCCAACCACAAAGGACUGCUUCAACCACGCCUGGCUGCAGGACUCGUACCUGAUGAAGCUGCGUCGGCAGACUCUCACCUUCACCACCACCCGACUCAAAGAGUUCCUGGGUGAGCACCAGCGACGGCGGGCGGAGUCAGCCACCAAGCACAAGGUCCUUCUGCGGGCGUAUCAGGGCGGCCAGCAGUCCGCAUCUUCUCCCAACACUCCUGACUCAUCCAGCGCGUCCAUGACUCCGUGA